GCCCCUUUGUUGGCUCAGUAGCGGUAGCAGCGGCCGUGGAGGUGGCGCCGGGGACUGUUUUCGCUCGGAGGUCGGAGCGGAGCGGCGUCUGACUGAGGCGGGCAGCGAAGCGGCCCCCUCGCUCCCUCCCUCCUUCCCUCCCUCCACCGCGCCCUCCCCGCCGCCGCCGCCAGCCGCCAGCCGCCACCGCCAACCGUCAACCGCCGCGCCCGGGGAGGAGCCGCGGCCCGCGGGGGGCCCGGAGCCAGGCCUGCGUCCGGCCCUCUGCCGGAGGAGCCCGAGCCGGAUUCGCAGCCGCAGCCGCAGCCGCAGCCGGAGCCGGAGCCGGCGCUCGCGCCGCGGCCUCGGCGUCCCCGCCCUCUCCCCGCCCCGGCCGCCCGCCUCGCCCGCCCGGGUCGCCUGCCCGCCCGCCCGCGCGUCGCGCCAUGGACUCGGACGAGGGCUACAACUACGAGUUCGAUGAGGACGAGGAGUGCAGCGAGGAGGACAGCGGCGCCGAGGAAGAGGAGGACGACGACGACGAUGAGCCGGACGACGAUAACCUGGACCUGGGCGAGGUGGAGCUGGUGGAGCCCGGGCUGGGCGUCGGCGGCGAGCGGGACGGACUGCUGUGCGGAGAGACCGGCGGCGGCGGCGGCAGCGCUCUGGGGCCGGGCGGCGGCGGCGGCGGCGGGGGCGGCGGCGGCGGCAGCGGCCCGGGGCACGAGCAGGAGGAGGAUUACCGCUACGAAGUGCUCACGGCCGAGCAGAUUCUCCAACACAUGGUGGAGUGUAUCCGGGAGGUCAACGAGGUCAUCCAGAAUCCAGCAACUAUCACAAGAAUACUCCUUAGCCACUUCAAUUGGGAUAAAGAGAAGCUAAUGGAAAGGUACUUUGAUGGAAACCUGGAGAAGCUCUUUGCUGAGUGUCACGUAAUUAAUCCAAGUAAAAAGUCUCGAACACGCCAGAUGAAUACAAGGUCAUCAGCACAGGAUAUGCCUUGUCAGAUCUGCUACUUGAACUACCCUAACUCGUAUUUCACUGGCCUUGAAUGUGGACAUAAGUUUUGUAUGCAGUGCUGGAGUGAAUAUUUAACUACCAAAAUAAUGGAGGAAGGCAUGGGACAGACUAUAUCAUGUCCUGCUCAUGGUUGUGAUAUCUUAGUGGAUGACAACACAGUUAUGCGCCUGAUCACAGAUUCAAAAGUUAAAUUAAAGUAUCAGCAUUUAAUAACAAAUAGCUUUGUAGAGUGCAAUCGACUGUUGAAGUGGUGUCCCGCUCCAGACUGCCACCAUGUUGUUAAGGUCCAGUAUCCUGAUGCUAAACCUGUUCGCUGCAAGUGCGGACGCCAGUUUUGCUUUAACUGUGGUGAAAAUUGGCAUGAUCCCGUUAAAUGUAAGUGGUUAAAGAAGUGGAUUAAGAAGUGUGAUGAUGACAGUGAAACCUCCAAUUGGAUUGCAGCCAACACAAAGGAAUGUCCCAAAUGCCAUGUCACAAUUGAGAAGGAUGGCGGUUGUAACCACAUGGUCUGUCGUAACCAGAACUGUAAAGCAGAGUUUUGCUGGGUGUGUCUUGGCCCCUGGGAACCACAUGGAUCUGCCUGGUAUAACUGUAACCGCUAUAAUGAGGAUGAUGCGAAGGCAGCAAGAGAUGCACAGGAGCGGUCCCGGGCUGCCCUACAGAGGUACCUGUUCUACUGUAAUCGCUACAUGAACCACAUGCAGAGUCUGCGCUUUGAGCACAAGCUGUAUGCUCAGGUGAAGCAGAAGAUGGAGGAGAUGCAGCAACACAAUAUGUCCUGGAUUGAGGUGCAGUUCCUGAAGAAAGCCGUCGAUGUCCUCUGCCAGUGUCGUGCCACACUCAUGUACACUUAUGUCUUCGCUUUCUACCUCAAAAAGAAUAACCAGUCCAUUAUCUUUGAGAAUAACCAAGCAGAUCUAGAGAAUGCCACAGAGGUGCUUUCAGGCUACCUCGAGCGAGAUAUUUCCCAAGAUUCUCUGCAGGAUAUUAAGCAGAAAGUACAAGAUAAAUACAGAUACUGUGAGAGUCGACGAAGGGUUUUAUUACAGCAUGUGCAUGAAGGCUACGAAAAAGAUCUGUGGGAGUACAUUGAGGACUGAGAAUGGCCCUGCAUAAAAUGAACUCUGAAAACUUUACCAUCUAGAGUGCUCAUGGAAUUAAAACAAAACACACAAACACAAACAAGGAGGCACUAAGCCUGUUCUGACACCGCUGGUCUGUAGUGCCAGAAUUCUGUUUUGUUAACGGAAAGUUUAAGUAAAUUAUAUUGUAAUAAAAAAGGUAGAUAAACCAUUGUACAACAGUAUUCUAGGCCGCCAACAAAAGUGUGACAGACACACUAAAAGCCCUCCAACUUUAACUUGUAACGUAGCUUCAUUUUCAAAGCUGACUCCUUUUUUCUUUUUCUUUUUCCUCAGUGUAGCACAGUUAAAAGUUUCAAAUAGCUCCUUGACACUGUUCUUCACAUCCAAACCAUUUGUUGUACUUUGGUCAAGGACCUCUUCCCCUUCCUCCCCUGUACACAUUCAGAUACACCCCCCACACAGGGUGACUGGUCAUACCGGAAGAUCAGGAGUGAGUGAUUAUUAGCUCCUUGUAAGGAAACUUCUUGGGAGGGAGAGGAAUAAGCAGCGAGAGGAUUAAAUAAACAACACACACACACACACACAGACACACACACACACACAAAACAAAACAAAAACUUUGUAUAUGACUUUUAAAACAAGAGGACAACACAGUAUUUUUCAAAAUUGUAUAUAGCGCAUAUGCAUGGACAAAGCAAGCGUGGCACGUGUUUGCAUAAUGUUUAAUUACAAAAAAUAUUUAUUCUUUAAAAGUCUUCAAGAUUAUGUCUAUUUGCUGUGCAUUUUUUUCAGUUGGCUUUAUCUCCCCAGGGUUGGGGUUGGGAUGAAGAUGUACUUGUUUAUUAACACCUCUGCAACACCUGACUGGAGUGCUUCCGUUUCCCCUUCCUGAUUUUGGUAUGUCUUUGGCCUGGCCAUGGUCUGAUGCUUGAGUUUCCAGCCAUCGGGCAGGAAGAGAGAGAGAUGAAGUUCUGACUAGAUGCCACAGUCUGGUUUGUGCUCCAGGUCCUGGGUGGUUUGUCUUUGAUUUAAUGCCCCUCGCUGACUUCAGGCUCCACCCAGCCCUGAUGCCCAGGUCAGGAACAGAGCUGUAGGCUCCUAGCGCUCCCCACAACCAGCGGAAGUGGUUCCUAAUAUCCUUUCCUGUUUUAUUUUCCCUUAAUUGCUGCUUUGAGCCUUUUAAGGUUUUAGUUAUGGCUCAUCUCAUCCCUCCUUUUAUGUUAGGGUGUUUAGAAUGUUUUUGCUUUAAAUAUAAAUAAAUAGCCAUUCACUUAAUCUCAGAUUGUGAAUUUAAAAUGGCACAUCCUGAAAUUGCUUGUGUGUGUUGCAGUGGGCCCAAUGUGUGAAGGCAGACACCCCCCGAUCUGCAGUUCCUGCCAGUGCAUUUAUGUAGAAGUAUGACUUUGCUUCUUUUCUACUGUCAGCAAAUAGAAAAACUAUAAUACAUUUUAGCUGUGAAGUCCAUUUUUAUGAAAUUUCUACUAAAAAGCUAUGUUAAAAGUAAAGGAUGGUGGUGGUUUUAUUAACUCUACCUGUUUAGGCCAUUCUGGCUGUGAUAUUUUUCAACAGGUCAGGUUUCCUACAGGAGCGCAGAGUGAACUAGGCAACUAGAUCAAGAGGUGUAACUACUAGAUGCCAGUUUUGGCUGAGGACCUCUUUGUCUUCCUUUCACUGUCUUGUGCCUGGGGAGUGUUUACCGUUUGUGAGGCAGCCUUGUCUGCUCUUGCAUUUGUACAUCUAUUACUCCAUUGGGAAGUAGGUUCACUUUCCUCUGGCCUUUUGCCUAAGUUAGGCUUUGCUGAAUAAACCCUACUUUUCCUUUUAGAAAAGGUUGUUACAUGAGAUGUACUUGCAACUGUUCUUUUCCCAGAAAAAAAAAAAAAAACGAAAAACAAAAUCAGUGAAUGUUUGCUGAGUAUGUUAUGCUGCUUCCUGAACCACUUGUUGCUUUAGGGUCAGCUCUGUCCAUUUCGUCCCCUUUUCCACCUCAGUGCAGACCUGAACUCAGUGUCUGCUGCUUCCACAUUUUCCUCUCCUUUCUUUCCCCAACUUCCAUUUGACUUUAAAUAGCCGCACCAAUCUAAAUGACAUCUAUGAAAACUCAAGAUUUUUUUUUUAAGAUAGCGUGACUAAGUUUCUUUCCCUGGUAACUGAAGAGCAGCCAGAGCUGUUAUAUACAUAUGCUUGUGGUUCCCUUAAAAUGCUUUGUGUACGUGGUGUUUGAACAUACACCGGCUAACUUUACAGUAUCUAGGUUUGAGUGUCCUCAGUCCCCCUUCCAAGCUCCCCUUGUAUCUCCACCUGUCCAGCAACAGUGUGUGCACUUGACAGUAUCAGCGCCACCCAAGAGGGACUGUGCUUUCCAGAGAUGGGUUCUAGUUCCCAUGUUGGCCAAUGACCUGAGGGAUGCAUUGCUGGAUGCAUUCCCUAGUUUUGUGUGGGUCUAGGUAGCCUGGCCUUUUCUGCUAUUUCUAAGCUCUUAAUGGCUUUCCCCACAUCUAGACAAUAGUUCCAGGAGUUAAUUUCUUCUGUUGUUUAUAGCGUCAGUGCCCUCAGCUGGGAUAGGCGAGCCAUAUUGUAUGACAGCUUAUUUCACCUAUGUAUGCCUAUCCGAGGGCUCUAGUCACAGGAAGCACUGGGGUCUCCCUGCUGUUCUGAGGUCAGUCACAUUGCCUUUUGCAAAGUGCAUGUUUCAUUUGAUCCAUUCAUUGAACAGCAGAUGCAUUUUCAGUGAUUUACAGUAAAACUUUGAUCCAAAGCUCAGGACACAUAACGAUGAAAUGGCGUAGCAUAUGAUAUCAUCAGACACAAUUCUGUGUAAUUUUCUGUGACCCAGAUUACAUGUGUUUUAUGUGUGUUUAAAUAUAAAUACAUGUGUAUAUACACACACACACAUACACACACACAUAACAAAUCCAAGACUUGACUGACUUGAUUUGAAAUGGUUGAAUCUGCAGUGUAAUGUGGUUCAGCUGUGAUUUUGGAGUUAAAAUUUAGUACAAAGAUAGAAAAAGACAUCACAUCCUUUCGUUCCACAUCCUGGUACCGAGCACUUGGGGGAUGGGAUGGGGUGGGUUGGUGAGACAAUCAGAUGACUGGUGAAUUGAUGAAAUGCUCCUAGCCCUGUAAUGUUGUGCAUAGAGCACCUGUGCUGUGGAAAUGACUGUUCUUAGAUUUUCAUUGUAACUGGACUGUUCAGGUUGCCCACAGGGAAAGAACAUUCCUAAUUCUAAUAAAAUAAACUUUUAUUUUGUUAUUCCA